AUGGAAGUUGCAUAUCGCAUUCGGUUGACAGUCUCAUUGAAUGUGACUCGGUUUCUCUUAAAGCAAGGAUUAUCUUUUCGUGGACAUGAUGAGUCAAGUAGUUCUUCAAAUCGAGUUAAUUUUAUUGAGUUGCUUCUAUGGUUUAGUGAACUUAAUGAUGAUGUAUCCAAAACUUUGUUUGCAAAUGCUCCUGCUAACAAUCAAAUGAAUUCACCACGAAUUCAAAAGGAAUUAGCAAACGCUUGUGCUUCAGAGGUCACACUUGCCAUAGUUAAAGAUAUUGGAGAUAAAGUUUUCACUCUUUUGGUUGAUGAGGCUCGAGACGUUUCAAUGAAGGAGCGGAUGGGAGUUAUUUUAAGAUAUGUGAAUAACGAAGGAUAUGUGAUUGAACGAUUUAUUGGAAUCGUGCAUGUAACUGACACUUCCUCUCAUACUCUGAAAUGUGUUAUUGAUGAUUUAUUGGUGAAGCAUAAUUUAUCUCUAUCUAAAGUGAGAGGGCAAGGAUACGAUGGAGCUUCUAAUAUGAGGGUUUCCAAGGGUAUUAGAGUUGUGAAGGAUGUUUUUAGCUAUGUCUGCAUGAUUGUGAAUAUGGUUGAGGCAUCUUGUAAGAGAAAAGACCAACUUAGGCAGUUGCAACAUGACAUAUUAGUUGAACAACUUAAUGAUGGGGAAGUCAUAAGUGGAAGAGGUAAAAAUCAAGAAACUAGUUUGGUAAGGUCUGGAGACACUCAUUGGGGCUCACAUUACUUUACAUUGCUUCGUCUAUGCUCUAUGUGGUCUUCGGUUGAGAAAGUGUUGGAAGUUGUACGUGACGAUGCUACUCUCCGUGAUAACAGAAGUACCACUGAAGGAUUGAUUGAAAGGAUGUAUAACUAUGAGUUUGUUUUCACUUUGCAUUUGAAGAAACAUUUAUUGGGAAUAACCAAUGAAUUAUCCAUUGCAUUGCAAAAGAAAUAUCAAAAUAUUAUUCAAGCCAUAUCAUUGAUCCAAAGUGUGAAACAUCAGUUGCAAAGUUUUAGAGAGAAUGGAUGGGAAGACAUACAUGAUCAAGCAACAACGUUUUGUGAAUUGCAUAAUAUUUCACAAGUUGAUAUGGAUGAAAUUGUACCACGCCGUGGUUAUAAGAAGUAUGGAGCAUAG